CGACAUCAAUAACCAUAACACUGUUAAAAACAACAAGGGCAACAAAAGGGAAUAAACAAAUAAAUAUUAAAUUAAAAAAAAAAAUCUUCUUUGCCGCAUCUACUGUGAGAAUGAAGACCAUUCUCAGCGACCAGACCGUCGGCAUUCCGGAGAAUGUCCACAUCUCUCUGAAGGGCCCCAGAGGCACCCUGAGGACGGACUUCAACCACAUCAACGUGGAGCUCACUCUCCUCGGAAAGAAAAAGAAGCGGCUCCGACUUGACAAAUGGUGGGGACAUAGAAAGGAACUGGCUACUGUCCGCACUCUCUGCAGCCAUGUACAGAACAUGAUCAAGGGUGUUACCCUGGGCUUCCGAUACAAAAUGAGGUCCCUGUAUGCUCACUUCCCUAUCAACAUUGUUAUUCAGGAGAAUGGGUCUCUUGUUGAAAUCACAAACUUCUUGGGAGAAAAAUACAUACGCAGGGUUCGAAUGAGGUCAGGUGUUGCGUGCUCAGUGGCGCAAGCCCAGAAAGAGGAAUGAAUUCUUGAACGAAAUGACAUUGAACUUGUAUCAAAUUCAGCUGCAUUGAUCCAGCAAGCUGCAACUGUUAAAUACAAAGAUAUCCGGCAAUUUUUGGAUGGUGUCUAUGUUUCUGAAAAAGGAACAGUUCAGCAGGCUGAUGAAGA